AUGUGGCCAUCUAUGGAAUUCAUUGCACCUUUGCCACCAUUGAAGAGAAACAUUCCAAGUAGACCUAAAGUUAAUAGAAUAAAGGAUGCAAGUGAAAGGGGUGCAAGACACACUGUGUCAAAGAAAAGGAAGAGAACAUAUGGUAAUGAUGGGGAAGGAAGCAGUGUUAAGAAGGCAAUGGAUGGUAAAUAUGAGCAAGGAACUAAGGGUAAUAAGGGCACUAAUGGUAAUGAUGGGGAAGGAAGCAGUAGUAAGAAGGCAAUGGAUGGUAAAGAUGAGCAAGGAACUAGGGGUAAUAAGGGCACUAAUGGUAAUGACGAGGAAGGAAGUUGUGGUAAGAAGGCAAUGUAUGGUAAAGAUGAGCAAGGAGGUAGGGGUAAGACGGAGCAUGACGAUGACAACACCCACAACCAACAGUGCAAUUACUUUAAUCUGCUUCUCGACAUGGUCGAACCUUUGCUGCAUGUUGAGGACAUCCACCCUGGAAUGAAGUUAUUGGAGUUUAUAGUAUCUGAUGAUGGUGGUGGGGUAGGAUCCAUGGAAGACAUUGAAGGGAAAAGGGAGUAUUGUCGAAUGGUUGUCGGCUAG